AUGGAUAACACUACUACAAAUACUACUAGUAAUAUUCUUGAAUUUCUUCAUAUUUGUGAAAAAUUAAAGAAAACAAAACGAACAGGAUGGAUAUGUCAUGAUAUUAAAAAUCCUGAAUCCAUAUCUGAUCAUAUGCAUCGUAUGUCCAUAUUAUCAUUAUUAGUUAAGGAUUCAUCAUUAGAUAGGAAUAAAUGCGUUAAAAUGGCGGUUGUUCAUGAUUUGGCUGAAGCUUUGGUUGUAUAUAUAACACCUUUUGAAGGAAUAAGUAAAGAAGAAAAAAAUCCAAUGCGUCAAAUGUGUAUUAAUUUACUUGAAAAUUCUCCACAAUCUCAAGAAAUUUUUGCACUUUGGCAAGAAUAUGAAGAUAAUUCUACAAACGAAGCAAAAUUCGUUAAAGAUAUUGAUAAAUUUGAAAUGAUUAUUCAAGCUUAUGAAUAUGAACUAUCUGAAAAUAAAGAUCUUGAACAAUUCUUUGAAAUUACCAAAGGAAAAUUUAAUCAUCCAGAAGUAAAAUGUUGGGUUGAAGAAUUAUAUUCAAAACCUUCUGUUUUUACUCCUGCAGAGAUCGAAUCAUUAAAAAAUAGUGGAAAUUCUAAAGCUAAGCAAAUAUGGUUGGCGAAAUAUAAGCAGUCGGAUUUUCCUGAACCUGACGCUGAUGACAUAGAUGCUAUUCGAAGUUUUAUGCGUGUGAAAUAUAUUCAAAAGAGAUGGUUAGAUGAAUCCUUGUUACAAAUUCAACCCUGGAAAAAUCCCAACAAUGAAAAUUUAACGAACAAGGGUACUUUUUUAAUCAAUCUUAAUCACAGAUCAAGUAAUUUCAGUGACAAUUCUUCAAAUAGUUCAUCAUUAAGUCGUCAUUCUAGCUUGGCAGAUGUUCGUUCAACAACCACAAGUGAAAGAAGGCAAUCUUCAAUCAGCGAUAUUUCAUCAGAUUAUUCAAUUAAUAUUAGUCCUCUUAAGUCUGCUCCCGAGAACAAUUCAAACAAUUUUUCAAAUGAUUCUAAUAUCCUAGCAUUACCAAAGCCAAAUGUUAAUCCUUUUAAUAUUAAUUUAUCCAAUCAAAUACCAUCUAAUACAAAUUCCGAUAUUUCAUCGACACAAACAUUACAACCUACACGACCUCAUGUUCCAACAACAUUUACUCAUAAUGCGCAUAAUAAACCCAAUCAGGCUUUACCACCACAAUUUAACCCUUUAACUUCAAAACCUCAACAAUAUCAAAAUCCCACUCAAAUUCAACAAUUUUCUACUUCAAUAAAUUCUCCUCCUCAGUUUGGUCAACAGGGACAACCUAUAACAUAUUCUAAUCAAUCCCAACAACCUCAACAAUUUCAAAAUGCGAGAAAACCAGAUUUAUUUACCGAUAUUUUUGAAAAUGGUCAAUUUACAUCAAAGAAUUUGCUAAAUGUCAUGCCAACAACGCACACCAACCUUAACACCAACUUUAACACCAACCUUAACACCAAUCCUAACAAUAAUAUGAAUAAUACACAACGUACGGUUAACGCUUCUAAACCUUUAAAUCCUUUUGAUCACGUUCAUCAAGGUUCAUUAAAUUCUAUUUCAAAUAUUUCUUCAACAAAGAUGGCUCCACAACCACCAAAACAAGUUUCCUCACCUGAUCCUUAUGAAGUUUUUAGAACCUUAAAUUUAAAUGAUUCUGAUAUGUCUUUAACUUCAUCUCGACCAUCAACAACUAGUAGCCCUGCGUAUUCUCUAUCUCCUUCGUAUCAUUCUUCUCCAGUUUCACAAGUUUCACAGGCAAAACAUUCGGCUUCUAAUAUAAAUGACAUUUUUGGAGAUCUUACACCGUCAACAAUAACGUCCACAGAAAAAUUUCAUAAUUUAUCUUCACAAAAUUUGAAUAAUGAUAUCUUCAGUGAUUUUCAAUCAGCCCCAAAUGCAACAGUAAACCAACAAAAAUCAUUAAGUCAACCAGAUUUCUUUACUUCUCAAUUUUCCCAUUUCUCCAGUAAUGACGAUUUUAAUGAUUUUUCAAAAUUUGUACAAAAACCUUCUCGUUCUGAAAAAUUUAAUAAUUCUUCUAGUGGAAUUUUCUCUACUAAUAUUUCGUCACCUAAUUUAACAUCUCCUCAAAAGGAUUUAAACAAUAUGUUACAUUCAAUGGAUCCAUUUAAUUUAAAUUCAUUUUCACAUGUUCCUACUACAUCUUCACAAUCUGCUAAAGGAUUAGGUCACGAGAAAAAGAUAUCAUUUGAUUCUGCAUUUAAUGAUUUAGAUCCUUUAAAAUGGUGA